UGAAUCUAUCACCGAUUCUCCCUGGAAAGAACAUGGAGGCAUUUAACAACACGACCGUUCAGAUGGCAGGUCCGACGGAAAACAUCAAAGACGUCCUAACUGGAACUUACGCAGCCAUCUGCACUGUGGGCUUAGUCAUGAAUAUCAUCCUUAUCAGUACUAUCCUGACGAGUCGUCGUCUCCGAACAAUACCGAACAUUUACCUGUUGAAUCUAGCCAUAGCCGAUCAGCUAUUUCUUAUUGGGAUCCCGUUCUUUGCGACGAACAUUUAUAAAGAAACGUGGCCGUUCGGACACAUCGUAUGCAAAAUCGUCCUCUCCUCGGACACGACGACGAUGUUCACCAGCAUCUUCUGCCUGACAGCCAUGAGCGCUGACCGCUGCAUCGCCGCGGCAUUGCCGCUGAAAUCUCGAAGAUGCCGGACAGUUAAAACUUCCGCAGUGAUCAACGGCUUCAUGUGGGUUUUAGGACUCGCUGUCUCGUCACCAGUCAUUGCAUUUGCCACAACAGAGACCAUUCCUUCUACAGGACAAACAUUUUGUAACAUAUAUUGGCCUGAACCCAUUGAAAUAUGGGCAGUAAGCUUUGUUCUGUACAGUACAUUCGUUGGCUUUGUCCUUCCAUUUAUAGUUGUAUUGGUAUGUAGUAUAGUCCUCGUUUGUGUGUACAGGUCAUCUGUUGGUAACAGAUACGGUCGACGGAUGCAAAAGCAGCUUACUCUGAGCUGUGUUGUAUACGGCAUGGUUAUAUUGUUCGCUCUGUCCUGGCUGCCUUUCUAUAUAUUCCAGAUUCUAAACAUGACUCAACAAUUUCUCAUGACACCAGAAAACAGCUGGAUUCCUUAUAGUGCGGUGAUACUAAGUUAUAGCAACAGUGUUUUCAAUCCUGUGAUAUCCAUCAUACUUAACAAGCAGUGCCGACAGUAUAUGAGGGAUACAAUUCGCAGAAGUCUACAUAGACACAUUGCCCUGAGGAAGUUUACAAGAAGGGGAACCAAACGGUCGCAUGUUUCGAUUGCUUUGCAAGCUACACGCACGCCUACCAUCGGACACAGCCCGGAAAUAAGUUCAUUUUUUGGAAGACGACGGUCACGUCCAGCAAAUCCGAUUAUAAAUGGAGACCUAGAUAUACAGGAAACUAACUUUUUAUCACCAUCCAUGUGUAAUAUGCCUAUUAGUGCAAGUAGACGAAUCUCGGUCGAAAACAAUACUUCUAAAAAGACAGUUGGUAGUAUUUGAUAUCGAUGCUUUACUUGUAAAGUGUUUGUAAUACAACUGAAUCGCAGUAGAGUAAGCUGUCAUUUUUUGUAAAUGUUUUGUAAAUGAAUUCUGCAAAUACUCUGAUUGUAAGAGCACAAACAAGAGUAGGCAUAAUCUUAGAUGUCAAAGGUAUCUGUGAUUAUCGAGAACAAGUGU